CAGCGGCCGCUCUGCUCCCUCCCAGACCAGCCAGUCGCGGGGUGGAGCAGCCUGCCGGGAGACCGACACAGGGCUGCGGUGCGCUGCGCUGCACGGACCCGGACCCGGACCCGGCUCUGGCUCUGGCUCUGUCUCUGAAGACACACUUGUAAACGGAGCCAUGGAACUACCAAAUAAAGCUGCUGAAUUUCCAAAUUCCGCUUACCCUCCAGGUUAUGCAGGAAAUCAAGUUCCUUAUGGAUAUCCUCAGUACGCACCUCAAACUUUCCAAAAUGCUCCAGGGCAAGCUAAUAAUGCCUUCCAGGGUUACCCAGCAGGAGCUCCAUAUGGACCUGGGGGCCUUCCAGUCCAAAAUCAGCCUUCUGGGCCCAGUGGGGCAGCUUGGAUGCCAGCACCUCCUCCCCCUCUCAACUGUCCACCUGGAUUAGAAUACCUAAGUCAGAUUGACCAGAUAUUAAUUCAUCAGCAAAUUGAGCUUCUGGAAGUUCUUACCGGUUUUGAAACUAAUAAUAAAUAUGAAAUCAAAAACAGUUUGGGCCAAAGAGUAUAUUUUGCAGCGGAGGAAAAUGAUUGUUGUACUCGAAAUUGUUGUGGACCAUCACGACCUUUCACCAUGAAGAUCGUUGACAAUAUGGGUCAAGAAGUGAUAACAUUGCAGAGACCUCUCAGAUGCUCUUCAUGCUGUUGGCCUUGCUGCUUGCAAGAGCUUGAAGUUCAGGCCCCUCCAGGUACACCAGUUGGCUACAUAAAACAAAACUGGCACCCCUGUCUGCCUAAAUUUACUGUUCAAAAUGAAGCAAAAAUGGAUGUAUUUAAAAUCAUUGGCCCAUGCGUUGUAUGCAGCUGUUGUGAGGAUAUUAAUUUUGAGGUGAAGACGAUGGAUGAAAGUUCUGUAGUCGGAAGAAUUUCUAAGCAGUGGUCUGGAUUUGUAAGAGAGGCAUUUACAGAUGCUGAUAAUUUUGGAAUCCAGUUUCCACUGGAUCUUGAUGUUAAGAUGAAAGCUGUUAUGGUUGGUGCUUGCUUCCUCAUCGAUUUCAUGUUUUUUGAACAAACUGGGAACAAGAACCAGCGAGCAGGAGUGUGGCAAUAGAAUCUACUGUUGGACUUAAAACAUUCUUACAGAGAAAAGUUUCACACUGCUUUUAUGCUCUUUUUCUAAAAUACAUUACAAAAGUCCAGAAUAUAUAGAACAUCUCUGGAUCUUUUGCUUAUUGCUAGUUUCUUUUGUAACUUAGGGUUUAUUGUUUUGAUAUUGCAAAUACAAUUCUAUAGCUCUGAUAUUAAUACAGAUUAAAUCUGUAUAAAUAAUGUGAAAUGUUUGUGACUCUUCCGUGACUGGAAUUUAAACUGCAAAAUAAUUUCUUUAUUAUUGUGAGCACUUCGUAGAAGAUCUUUUAUAGUACAGAAACAUUGGGAGUAAUCCUCUGUCACUUGCACAAAACUACAGUUGAUCCUACAACAAGGGCAGAUUUUUUAAAUAUUCAAUAUUGGCAAUGUUUAUAUAUAUAUAU